GUAUAUUUCUUUUAGAUUUUUUUUGAAGGAAUUCUUUUAGAUAUCUUAUUUUUAUUUUUCUUGAAAUAGUAUUCUCCCUAGUCCGCACAACAUACCGUUGGCCCUUUGCCCUAACCACACAAUCUCGUUCUCCAGCGCCUUCUUCAUCGUUCUCCAUCAAGGCGUGAACGGCGGCUACCAUUGACGACCACCGGCGGGAAAGCGAUUUCCGGUUAGGGCUUUGUGCUUAAUCUCCUUCCUUCAAGUCUUUGUCUAAGUUCAUCUGGCACAUCCGUUCCCUCCUUCUCCGGUCUUCUUUCUCCGACAUCCAUGUCGGAAGUGUUGGAUACCAGUAAGAAAGUAGCGGAUCGUUACCUGAAGCGCGAAGUUCUAGGGGAGGGUACAUAUGGUGUCGUCUACAAAGCGAUUGACACCACAAGCGGGAAGACAGUUGCCAUAAAAAAAAUUCGCCUUGGGAAGCAGAAAGAAGGUGUGAAUUUCACUGCCUUGAGAGAAAUCAAACUAUUGAAAGAGCUAAAUGAUCAGAAUAUAAUUGAAUUGAUCGAUGCCUUUCCCCAUAAGGGGAACUUGCAUCUUGUGUUUGAGUUCAUGGAGACUGAUUUGGAAGCUGUCAUUCGUGAUAGAAAUAUAUUUCUAUCACCAGGGGAUAUUAAGUCAUAUCUUCAGAUGACCCUGAAAGGACUUGCAUUUUGUCAUAAAAAAUGGGUCUUGCAUAGGGAUAUGAAACCAAACAACUUAUUAAUUGGAUCAAAUGGACAGCUCAAGCUUGCUGAUUUUGGGUUAGCCCGAUUAUAUGGUAGCCCAGAAAGAAGAUUCACUCAUCAGGUCUUUGCCAGAUGGUACAGAGCACCAGAGCUGUUAUUUGGUGCUAAGAAUUAUGGGCCUGGGGUUGACGUUUGGGCUGCUGCUUGUAUUUUUGCAGAGCUACUACUUCGGAAACCCUUUUUGCAGGGGAACAGUGACAUUGAUCAGCUGGGAAAGAUUUUUGCAGCUUUUGGCACCCCAAAACCAUCCCAGUGGGCUGAUAUGGUGUACUUGCCUGAUUAUGUUGAGUACCAAUAUGUUCCAGGACAGCCUCUGCGUACCCUAUUUCCGAUGGCUAGCGAUGAUGCUCUAGACCUCUUAUCCAAGAUGUUUAUGUAUGAUCCGAAAGCUAGGAUUUCAGCACAGCAAGCAUUGGAACACCGGUACUUUUCAUCUCUUCCUCCACCGACCGAGCCAGCUCAGCUCCCAAAACCUCCACCAAAGAGGGACCCAAAUGAUGCCAAAGUUUCUGAUUUUAAUCCACAAGACGGACCAACUGUGUUAUCUCCUCCACGAAAGUCAAGAAGAGUGAUGCCCACUCGUGAGGGAUUAGAGGGAAAUGCCCCACAACUGGACAAGGCUGAUGGCCAUGGGAAUGAAUUUAGACAACCAGCUGAGAGGAGUGGACAGGCUCCCAUGUCCUUGGAUUUCUCUGUCUUUGGGAUGAAACCACCUUCCAGGCCAACAAUCAACAGUGCUGACAGAUCACAUCUGAAGAGGAAACUUGACCUCGAAUUCCAACCCGAAGACUGAGCUGUACUUCUCAUUAUAUAUGCGUGUGGAUAGUGUAUCAGAUUCUUGUCUUAACGGCCGAUCAUGUACAUGAAAAGUUCAGAUUACCUGGUUUGCUGCCCCUGUCAAAGUGUGUCACCUUAACAAACUCAUCCAAUCUUGUUUCAGAUCUGUUUCACACUUAAAAACUUACCAAUUGCUCAAGUUUAAGAUAUCCUUAAUGAUCUUCAUUUAACAUAAUAAGUGUAAUACUAACAUUCAAUCUAUUAUUUACUUGUAUCACUGAGUAAAUGAUUGCACAUUUCCUCUGGGACUUGGAGGUCCAUUUUGUGUGAGAGUUGUAUGGGUCCACUGACUUCUUCAAAAAAACAGGUCUUUUGUG